UAUCGUCACAUUGUCGCCUCUCCGUAUCGCCUCUGCUUCUUGUCCUCCGGUUCGGACCCUUCCCUCCUUCCUCCGUCUCGCCUUCUCCCAGACAAGAAUCCAUCUCAAAGUUGUUAAGAUCUCGAAGGCGAUCCGGGCAAAACCUAUUGAGUUUGAGAAGUUCAAAAAUGAGUGCACGGACGAACUUGGAGAUGGUUGAUUCCUCAGACUUCACCUUUUGCAAGGUUGGUUUACAAGCGGAAGAUGGGAAUUUAGAGUCUCCCAAAGCAAUUCCUGAUGUCCGGAAAAUCAUUCUCGAAGACAAUCCUUCAGGCAAGGUGGGCACUGAGAAUAAUCUGGUGUCAGAUGAUAAGUCUCAAGGAACUGCAGGUUUGAAAGGGCAAUCUGAUGUAUCUAAAUCUAAUAUUUCAAGUGAAGUGGUUCCAACAAAAGUUGAUGAUAGUAAAAAAAAGACACAAAAGCCAGAUGGAGAAGCGGACGAUUUGGCACAGAAACAGAAGGCAAAGGUGAAGAAUCCUGUAGGGAGAACAAAGGUUCCUUUUGAAAAGGGGUACAGCCAAAUGGACUGGUUAAAGCUUACUCGCACGCAUCCUGACCUUGCAGGACUAAAGGGGCAAUCAAACCAAAGGCUUAUCUCGAUGGAUGAAGUUAAGCAACAUAAAACUGGUGGUUCAAUUUGGACUGUUCUAAAAGGCCAUGUUUACAAUAUCUCCCCCUACAUGAAAUUUCAUCCCGGAGGUGAGGAUAUGCUUAUGAAGGCAGCUGGUAGAGACUCGACCUCUUUAUUCAACAAAUAUCAUGCAUGGGUGAAUGCUGAAUUUUUAUUGGAGAGGUGCCUUGUGGGAAUAUUGGAAUAUAAUUGAUGAUGAACUCCAGAAUUUUUCUAAACAAGUAUUAUUAUAUUUGCACCCCGGGGUUGCGAUCUGUUCCAGGAUCCGACCAGUUGGAGGUUAGCAAAGCAAGUUGAAUACGUAGUGUCAUUCAUUUGCCUUGUAUGUCCGUAUUUCUUGCUUGCUACAAGCACAGUUCUCUUUUGUAUUAGAAUGACAAUCUUUGUACUCGGAUGUUGUUUAUCCAAAUCUUCAUAGUGUACACUGGAGAUGAACCGAAUCGAGUGCAUCUUGCAUUGCAUAAGAAGCCUUAUGCUGGUGUCGCUUCAAUGAUAUGAUCCUAGUAAUUGGUUGUUCUGGAA